AAAAAAUUAAAGCAAAAGUUCAUUCGGCAAUACUGAAAAUCGAAAAAUGUCAGGGAAGGACCAAGAUUAUCGUAUAUUUGUUGGAGGGUUAGCAUGGGAUGUUACCGACCGUCAACUCGAAGGAGCUUUUGACCGUUACGGUAAAAUUCUCGAUUGUCAGUCAAUGGAUUUGAGAUGCCUUAGAUGGAAUUGUAUGAGGAGGGUUUUUUGUUCUUUGAAAUGUGAAGUCGCUGGACAUAAAUUCUUGAUUCCUUCAGCAGCUUGAUUUUGAGGUUUCAAUUGUUAGACUAUCUGAAAAAGCGUAGGUCGGCUGCAUGUUAACAAGCGAAGCACUAUCGGUUUCAAUUGCAGCAGUGACUUAUUCAGAAAUGCGUCUCUAUGAUGAUUGCAGCUGAUUCACAAUCUGCUCUGUUUCCUUGAGCUGCUUCAACCAUUGGCUAAUUGUAUGGUGUAGUAAUUUCAAGUGGGAUUUGUGCUAUUGUCUUUGGACUUCAUGGAAGAUGAUUGGAAUAUAUGGACCGAGUGCGGCAUAGUUGGUCUGUUUUGGGGGAAUCACCAGUAAUUUUAAGACUUUUUCCUCAAUCAAAGUUAAAUUUAAGGGAUAGCUAUAAGUGGCAGUUACUAUCCCAUAACUAUAUUUUAGUGACACUCAUCAAAUGUGGGAAUAGAGGAGUUAAGCUAGCGCUUGAUGUAAGGACACAUCAAAUGUGGGAAUAGGGGAGGUAAGUUAGAUUUUGAUGCAAGGACUCGUCAAAUGUGGGACAGAGGAGGCAAGUUAGCUCUUGAUCUAAGGCGCUUAUAAAAUAUAUGUAUCAGUUGCAAGCAAUGGUGGAAUUUCUGCUAUAAGAGGAUCAACUAAGAGAUGAAUUUUGAAUAUGCAAUUUAGCUCAGACUCUAGUUUCCACAUUUCUUCAAGUCAGGUUGGUUGACAGUUUCUGUGAACGGCGCCUGUUGGUCUUGAAAGCUAGCAGGACCAAUCUGAUUGAAGGCUAUUAUCAUUUGUUUUACUAAAAUUUGGGUGUCAUUUUGUCAUGUUGAACAGACACAAGAUUUAUGAGUCCCCAGGUGCUUUUGCGUGGUAGCAACACUUUCUUUUUCAGUCAAUCUGCCAACUACAGUUUGCUACAUUGUUUCUAAUUCAUGAUCUCUGAGGUCCUUGUAAUUUUAACAUUGGGAAGUUCUUUUGAAUGGUCAGUGGAAAAGAUAAGAUAAUAUCUUGGGUACUGGAACUUAUGUGAGAAACAUAACAACUUUCUUGUGUUCCCUUUAAAAUUAUGGGGAUGUUAAAAUUUUUACCUUCCCAUUUAUAAAUACGGUGGAUAUAUAAUAGACGACAUCUGGUGGUACCUAUUCUUUGUUCAGGGAAAAAGGUUGAGAGCUAUGUGGUACUUAGCUGAUCUCCUACCUCUACACGUGCCACUUUCAAGGUUGAACUUGAUUCUUGAUUUCCUGACCUUUUGAAGACCUUUAGAAGCUGUUUGUCCGUGGAGUCUGGCUGCCCUUCUGUCUCAUUCUCCCUCUUGAUCACUCAUUAUGUUUCACUCGAUGGUUUGCCACUGUUAAGAUUGAAUGUGAUUCUUGAUUUCUUGACCUUUUUGAAGCCCUUUAGAAGCUGUUGCAUGCAGAGUAUGGAUGCACUUCUGUCUCAUUCUCCGUCUAGAUAGCUUUUUUCGUUUUACUUGGUUGUUGAAUGAUCGUUUUGUUGUCAUGAGAUGUUCUUCUCUUGUGCAACUGCAUUGUCUUCCAAAUCGUGAACUACCAGAUGAUGGCAUGCCUCUGAAGACUCAGGAGUAGCGUUGCUUCAGCCAAGUUAUCACUUCAGAAAAAAAGUUUCAUGGAUUAUUGCUAUAGAUUAGUUUAUUGAUAUUUUGCUUUGUUCUCUCUGAUUUGCAUUUCAAAGGCUCAAAGUGGAUUAGUUCUUUUGAGUUAGCUUUAUCUUCUUUGAUGCCUUGCUUAGCAGACGGCUUAAGUGGGGAAGUUGAAAAUUUUGUAGUUGGGGGAUUAAUCAGGAUUAUUUGAAGCUUGGGCUGGAAUAGAUAGCUGUAAGAAGAUCAGUAUUUUGGACAGUUACUGAACAAAAGCCAAAUGACGUUUGUGAGAAGUUUUACCAAGGAAACUUUCCACAGUAUGUUUUGUCGGUAUGGGCAAGUCUUUGAGCGGUAAGCUUUGGUUUUAUGGUUAACCAUCUGUUCUUAGACAUACCUCUGCGAUGCUUUUGCUUGCCACUCAUAAAUCUGGUUGAAGUAAAUGAAGGAAGUUUAUGGAUUCAACAAAAGUUCUAAUUGGCAUAGUUAAGAUUUAUCCAAGAGGUUAGGAAGCCUUCUUGUUGGGUUUUGUUGUUUUAGCUGUUAAUGGUAUUGAUACACUGGAUACAUGUGGUAAUGAGUCAACCUAACGGGUCUGGAGAUGAUAAUCUGCAGACCUGCUUUUCUGCUGCCCAAGUUAUGCUGGAAAGGGAUACAGGCCGUCCUCGUGGAUUUGGGUUUCUAACAUUUGCAGACCGUCGCGCCAUGGAAGAUGCAAUCAGAGAAAUGGAUGGUAGGGAGAUUGGCGAUAAGGUCAUAUCUGUGAACAAGGCCCAACCAAGGAUGGGCGGUGAGGAUUCUGACCAUGGCUAUGGUGGAGGCUAUGGAGGCAGUGGCAGGGGUAGCUACGGAGGUGGUGGCAGGGGUAGCUACGGAGGUGGUGGCAGGGGUAGCUACAGAGGUGGUGAUAGGGGCAGCUACGGUGGCGGUGACCGGGGUAGCUAUGGUGGUGGUGACCGUGGUAGCUUUGGUGGUAGUGACAGGUCAGCAGGGCAAGACCAGUGCUUCAAGUGUGGCCGCCUAGGACAUUGGGCUAGAGACUGUUAUCUAGAAGGCGGUAGCCGCGGUGCACGUGCAAUAUCCCCUCCUCCUCGAUCAAGGUAUGCUGGUGGUACCACACGUGGGGAUCGUUAUGGAAGUGACCAUCGGUACACGGAUGAUCUUUACGAUAGAGGCCAUUAUGCUGAUAGGGAGCGCUAUGAUAGCAGAGAAGAUAGAUAUGGAACCCGUGAUCGAUUUGCCAACGACAGGCACCCUCCUGGUGGUGAUCGCUUUGCGGGCAACAAAUAUGGGGUUUCUGACCGAUAUGCUCAGAAUGGUUCUGGCAAAGAGAGGGGUUUCGCCAGGGAUGUAGGCCCACGAGAUGUUGACAGGUAUGGGAGUGGUGGACCAGCACGUUACGAGGGAAAAAGCAUCAGAGACAGACCAGGACCAUAUGAUCGCCCUCGUAGGGGAGGAGGACGUCCGCCCGCCUUUGACCGUUAUUGAAGUGCUAAAUCUGUGAUGUAGUCUAUCCGUGUUUGGAACAUGUUUGAUCUUUAGCUGUUCUUUUAGUAUCUUGCACUUUUGGUUCACCGAUCGGUUUAAAAGAUGUAAAGAUGUUGGAUUGUGUUAACUGUGUGUGGUAGGGGGAACUAUAUCUUGGUUCAUAUUUGCUAGAAAAACCAUCUGCAUUUUAACGA